UUAUUAUCUAUUAAAAUAUUUUUUGUGUAAUGACAACAUAGACAUUGCACGUCCCUUUCGUGUGCAUUAUUUUAUGCCUAUAUUAGAUCAGGACAAACAAUCUACUGUACUAUACGAAAAAUCUAUGAUCAUAACAACUACCUAUCAUCACAAUCGCAGCCAUAUUAGAAUACGUGACAUUUGUUGAGUGUUUUGAUUAAAUAAAAUUAUAUGAAGAGAUCGUAUCCAGAAAGCAUGGAGCGACAAAAUGAUCAAACAGGUGAAAGUAUACCUGCAAAUCAGAGAAACAAUAAUGAAUCCGAAGAUAGUGACGAUGAGCCCCAGCAGGAGCUACUCAACAAUGUUAUAUUUGACAGGAAUACUGAGGUGGAAAUAUUUUGGCCAAAUGCCAGUGAACACAUUACCAACCUACUAAAGGAAGCACUAAAGAACCCGGCAUUAACCGAUUGCGCUUUAGCAUGUGACCAAAGAACUUUAAAAGCGCAUAAGAUAGUCCUGGGCGCUAGUUCAUUUUAUUUUAACUGUAUCUUCCAAGCGGCUCCCAACGAACAAUCUAAUUUCUAUUUUAGCGAUGUCCGCUUUGAAGUAUUAAGAGACUUUGUGAAUUAUUUCUACACAGGCAAUUUGAAAAUUCCUAAACAAAACUUCGACGAGUAUUUUGCGUUUGCUAAACGCAUCGCUGUGAAGGGAUUGGUACUUAAACCCUCUCGUGAAUUAUCAAAACUGCGUUAUCAGAUACCACCGCCAAAGCUGACCUAUAAUCCACCUGCACUGCCAAGACCUCAACCUUCAGAGACCUUAAAUCAGGAGCCUGCAGUUCCGAGUUCAGAAAAUCGAGUUCCUGAACCUCCGAUUGAAAAGAAUCAAAGUCCUGAGCCUUCUUCUGUAACAAAUCAGCGUUGUUCAUCUCCGUGCUUAGGAGAUAUGCGGCCUCGAGCACCAAGCUUCGUAAAUACAGACAUUGACCCGUAUGCGGACCCAGUUCCUGGACCAUCGCGGAUAGAAAAUCCUACUCCUGGAACAUCUUAUGUAGCGGACCCUGUUCCCGGCCCAUCCCACGUACUGAACCCGCUGCCGGGACGUUCGUAUGAGGAUUAUGCUCAGCCUGGGCCAUCCUGGGCCGACUAUCCACCUCGCGCAUCGUUUUGGUCAGACUAUGCACGCCCGGUACCAUUAGACCUAAGAGCCUCGAAUGCGGAGAUUUCGAGUCCUAGAAUUACAGAAAUCAUCGAGAUAUCUGAUGACGAAGAUUAAUUAAAGUGCAGAUCACUCUGCUUGUUGUGAAAUGUGUAAACCUAACCUAACCUGUGACUAAUUUGCUGUAAAAUUAUUGUCAUUCUUAGGAAUACAUUUUCAGAUAAUGUAAUUAGUUCUUAAGUCGAUAUUAAUGUAUUGAUGUAAUACUUAAAUUAAAUGAUUUCAAACAAA